GGUGAAGUGGGUAUCACUUGUUGGAUGUAAUAAAUGUGCUCUGUGUCUUUAAGAGAUAAAGCCGUGGUGAGGCUCCCUGCAACAAGCCACUAGUUUCAGUUCAUACAGAAACCUCCGUGGAGUCACCGCAUAUAGCUGGACACUCCGGUAUUCUUCUGAGAAAUGACACCGAAAACAAGCUGUAGUCAGUUAUAUGUCGUUUCCUGUGGACGAUCAUAACAAAUGGCUCGUCGGUGAUGUACUUUCAAUAUCUACAAGACCUGUGGGGUUGAAAUCCACAAUUUUUUUGGACAUCAUCCCGGUAUUGUCUUUUUGACCGGAAACAUUUGAUGAUGGAUUGGAACCGUCCCACACCUUGAAAUUAAUCCUACCGGGCUCGAAUUACCGGCCGUGUUACGUUUCCUACCUUCAGCACCGACCUCACCACCUCCGCGCCUGGAACAGGUGGAAACGUGUCAUUCUGUUGUUGUCACCACCCACCUGGAAGUGGCAUGGGUAACCAGGUUGACAAACUGACACAUCUGAGUUAUGACAAUGUUCCGACCGCAGAUCCGAACGGCUUUGACACGGAGGAUGAGCUGGGGCCCCGGAUCGGUGUGUCUUAUAUCUUCUCCGCAGACGACGACGAACAAGAGGAACGUAUUGACGGACCGGACAAGGACCAGAACGAGGAAGAGAAGCAAUACGAUAACUGCGACGAGCUGGAGUGUGUUGUGUACUACCGGGACGAAUCUGUGUACGAGAAAAAUCUCAAACUAUCUGACAUGAGCACGUAUUCGACAGAGAAUCUUUUGAACAAGUGCAUACCGGGGGAUUUGGUGGAGUUCGUGGCUACGGGCCAGUACCCUCACUGGGUUGUGUACGUGGGCGACUUUCAGGUCGUUCACCUGCACCGGGCUGAAAUAAAGAAUAAUUUCCUGACAGAUGCCAGUCAGGGAAAGAGAGGCAGGAUAGUAAACGGGCUGUAUAAAUUCAUUGCUCUGCCUCCGGAGGUGGUGGUGCAGAACGCCAUGCAGCAGGUCGGAAGGCGAGACAGAGAGCUGUACUGGAGAAACUCUGAGUGUUUUGCUGCGUGGUGCCGGUUCGGCAAGAGGGAAUUCAAGAUAGGAGGAGAACUCCGGAUCGGAAAGCAGCCCUACAGGUUAAAAAUGCUGUUUUCUGAAAAGAAAAGUCACGUCCUUGAAUUUCAGAGUAUUGACGACUUGAUCAUGGAGAAGAGGCGAAAUGAUCAGAUCGGCAGAGAUGCGGUGACGCAAGAGUUAGCGAACCAUCUCAACUCAACUGAUGCGGAAAUGAAGGACGACUUUCAUCAGAGUGUAAACUGAAAGACCCCAAGAGAAACCGAGCUGAUGGUGAUGCCCAGUGGAGGACUUGGGCAGCGUUCAGCUUUAGGACCCAGUAGCCUACAUGACUAGAACACUGUUGGAAAUCCUAUUUUUGGGGCGCAAUGCAGUGCGCCUUUUUAUGCAUACCAAAACAUUUAUAUUGGUUUGAGAUGAAGUAGCAACUCAACCAAUAAAGUGCAUUCAUUUAACAACAGUUUAUACCUUGAGAUAAGACGGACACCUUGAAACCCCCCCAAAACAUUUCCCAUCUAUACUGAACAAAACUAUAAACU